CUGAAACUCACCUAAAACCCAUAAGGAUUUGCUGCCCCGUUAUUGUCACCGAUCCAGAUGGCGCAGGAUGUUAUAUGCUCUAUCCCCUCCCUGCGAUUUUCAUCCCCACUCCUCGAUUUCUAUGGCAAAUCCUCAUAUUGAAUGUGCGUUCAAAUUGUGUUUUUCUUUCUGUGGUUUUUGCGAAAAAAAAAAUGCCAUCUUGCGCGGUUCAAGGAUGCAAAUCGGGUUAUAAAACGAAUCCCGAGAGAGUACAUUUUUUUUUGAUUACGAAAAAAAGAUUAGCAGAGUGGAAAAUUGCAUUAAAUCGUGAUGAUUUGAGUGUUGGGAGAGCUGUGUGUGAAAAACAUUUUCAAACUCAGGAAAUAGAUUGGACAGAGAGAGAUGCUAUAAUUACAAAUGGACAAGUUUUCGGCAAGACAAUUGUAAAAGUUCCACGGCUGCAAAAAGGAGUAGUUCCGUCCAUUUUUCCCUGGACCGAGGACUGGAAUUCUCUUGAUUUGAAAUGCCAGGUAAAAAACCCAGAUCAAGAGAAUCUAGUUGCGAGUCAUCACAGGGGUGUAAUUCACAAAGGGGAGCUCAUUAACGAAGGACUGGGUUCUCAUAAUUUAUUUGCACGCCCCGACAAUAAUGCACCUAAUGCUGUCCCGAUCCAUAAAAAUCAGGAAAAUUUGGAAUUACCCCUGGACGUCCCGUCCACUUCCAAUUGUAGUGAUAGUGAGAAUCUUGCAUCUUCGGAAAAUGCAUGUGCUUCACCAUGCUGCAGUAAUGAGGCAGCUGAUUCUGUGUCAUUACGUGGAAACAUUGCAAAUCACACAUCUUCGAUUAGCUUUAAUGAAUUGGUACGGACUAGGUUCAAAUUUCCUGAUUAAUAUAUUUUUUAAUUAUUGUAUGUAUAUAGCUAAGAUAAGCACGUCAUUCUCAUUUUUAUAAUAUACUAAAUGUCAACAAAUUAUCGUUUUUUCUUUAUUUUUUCUGCCAACGCGCACAAAAACCCUGGCGCGUAUUCAAAUCUUCAAACUCCCAAGCGAGAUCGAGCAUAUAGCCAUCAGCGCCACCUAGGACGUGACAAUAUCUGGGCAGCUAUCGAGCAGGAGUUGCAGUGGGCUG